GUCCGAUCCAGUCUUUAAGUUGAUCCAGUUUGCUAUUUAUAUUUCGAUGGGCUUGCGAUUCUCCCCUCCCCUCCUGCCAUUUUUCGUAUUCUCCCGGCCGGUCGCGGUGACUGUCGAGUUUGUUUUGUGUUUGUUGAUUGUUCCAGUACUCGUACCUAGGUAUAUGUGGAGAGGAGCUGCCGUGAAGUGGCUGUUGCUGCCGCCUCAUGUCGAACAACUGCACCAUCACUGCUACAUGGUUGGUUCCUUAGCCCGGGCCGCAAUCGACACAAUAUCCACCAAGCAAAGCAUGAUCACUGAAGGUCAGAUGCUCAGUAAGGAGGUCCAGUGAGAUUCCUCGCCCGACCAGUUGUUAGGCAUCCCCAUUCACCCAAGACGAUGUCUUCGAAGAUUGCCUGUUGCCCCUUUCGAGCAGGAGACUUAUGAUGAUGUCAGGGCAGCGAUUGCUGGCAAGUGCCAUGGUGUCUGUUCUU